AUGUCAUAUCUCCUCCGACUGCCCAACGAACUCCUCGAAGCCAUCUUCACAUGUGCGGAGUUUGACGAUCUCCUAUCCCUCAUUUCCACCAAUCGGCGCAUACGGGAGUUCAUCUUUGCGACAACGCGCCUCCGGUAUCGAUUCUACCUCGAGUGCUUUGGGGUCGAGGAGCAACUCCCUGAAGGCCAAGGGACUGCGAUCAUACCAACCGCGCGUCGCCUGGAGGCCUUACUGGGUCGCGAGCGGCGGUGGCUGAAUGUUCAGCCUUUAUGUGCGGCGCUACCGAGGCGCUACGGUCCACAUCACUACGACGACCAUGGGCACUUCCAAGGCGACUCAUCACUGAGCGUUUCUGGCUCACGCAUCUUCCGUGCAUGGGGCAAUGGGGCUCCCGAUUGGGCUACUCAUAGCAAGACUCAACCGAUGGACAUUAUCAGUACCACGUUGUCCAGGCCACAAUAUCAGUGGAGAGCAUAUUCCCACAUUCGCGCCCGCGUGCACCGCUGGGCUGCGACAUAUGUGUCAGAGGCAGAUGACCUUUUGGUGGUCAUGGACUAUGUCCCGCGGCAUCCCCAGUACGACCUGUUCAUAGCGAGGAUCGCGUUUCUCCAGUUAUCGACAGGCCGGUUGCAUCCGGCCGCGGCGAAACCUCUCAUGCGUCUUGCCCACUACGAUGCCAACUUGGCGGGCCUCGAAUGGGAACUUCAGGGCAACAUACAACAAGCAGGCGGUCUCCUUGCGGUGAUUGUCGCCAAUCAUCAAUCCAGACCUGACGAUGACGCUUACUGGACUGAGCCCCCGCCAUUGCCAUUCGUGCUGCGUGUUUUUGACUGGAAGAGCGGAGAACACAUCAUCCGUCCCACAUUGUGCUCCUCUCCAGCCAUUGCCUUUUUGCGCCAGGACAUCCUGCUUGUUGUUGAUUCGGUUUUGGAUCAGCUUGACCUUCUUCGACUCCCGGCUGUACAGGAUCGGCUACCAAUGCCGUCUCCCAUCAUAUCCUAUGUGCGACGUUCGCUCUCCCCUCUCUCAGGGCGGGAGUGUUCUCAUGACCUGCGCUUUGCCCCGCAGCACCGUCACUCACUACUCUUUUUCACAUCUUAUCUGUCUGUUCACUCUGUCCGGCGCCGCCAAGCGUUCAUUGUCCAUCCGCGCAAGCUUCUGUCGCUCUUCGACGCGGCGGCAACCUCAGGGAACGGCGCUCACUUCUUCGCCCAAGAUGAAUGGGUGCCCACAUGCGCGCGCUGGCUGAACCAGCUCCCUAUUGUUGAUUUCGAAACGCCACAAAUGGCCAAUUCGGGGUAUCGACUGUCGGGCAUCCGCGACCCGGCGGGGGCUCUGGGGCCCCGUCCCCUGGUGAUCAUCGAUGCAAAUCCAUGGACGGUCGAGCUAGUGAAGCGGGCCGCUCAAGGAACCGCCGAGGAGGCCCGCCGUCAUCCCAAAGAGGCUAGACCGAUUUGGAGCCAGCUCGGAAUUCUCCCGGGAACGCGGGCGGACGGCACGCUCCGCACGGAGAGCGGCGCCAUACUCCGGCUCGUGCUCCCCACCACCCCGGUCACGGCACCCAGCACGCUCCACCUGUUCAUCAAUCCGCCCACACAAUCGGACUUGGCCUAUGUUGAGAUAACAAGAGUGCGGAGGCGGCCCGGGCCGGACCCGACCCCGUAUGAUUGCCGUUUCGCGCAUAUCAACAGCGAGAGCGUCAUUACUAACGGACCGAGGAAUCCGAACGAACCGCUUGAGAACAAUACGCUUGCACUGAUGUAUUUUGGCUGA